UUGUUUUAUUCUUGUUCGUUAUCUCGCCGUUGAAAGCAGGCUAACCCUAAUUGCUGUCUCGUCGCCGCCGCUGGCGACCUUAGCCAUCACUUGCAGCUGCUUGACAUCACCGGCUGCUUUGAUCCUUCGAGCUGGCCGCCCCGCUCCGUGCUCGAUGCCAGCGUUGUACUCCUGCUCGACGACUGUGGUUACCUCCUUACUUGAUCCCAGAGGCUGACUGCUGCUUGCUCGACGCCAGUGUUUGAGAGAAUUAUCUUUGCGAAAAGUUUCGAUAUUCUGUUGGGAAUCGGUGCCAACUGCUAUUAUAUAUUGAUUGUCCGCUGGUGGUCAAUUGGAAGGACCCCCAACUUAAGUCUGUUCUUUGGAAAUAUGGACCCUGCGUACACGGGAGGAGGCAGCUGGAACAUGAUUCCAAGCAUGCCUGCCCAUAGUAACAUAUCUGCAGCUUCGAGUCAGGACCAUCUUUUCCACCAACAGCAGCAGCUGCAUCAGUUCCAAAAGCAGCAGCAGCAAUUCCAGCAGCAAUUCCAACAGCAGCAGCAGCAACAACAUCAACAGCAGCAUCAGCGGUUGCUUCAGCAUCAGCAACAGCAGCAGCAGCAGCAGCAACAGCACCAAUCCCUUGCCUCACAUUUCCACCUCUUACACCUGGUUGAGAGUUUGGCUGAGGCCAUAGAGAAUGGUACAAGGGACCAGCACUCUGAUGCUCUGAUUGGAGUUAAGGUGAGUGAAUUGAAGAAUAAUUUUGAGAAGUGCCAACAGCUGCUGAAUUCGAUUGCAGGAUCAAUCAGCUCUAAGGCCGUGACUGUUGAAGGCCAGAGACAUAAGCUGGAGGAAACAGAACAAAUCCUGAAUCAGAGAAGGGAUCUCAUUGGGAAGUACAGAAAUUCUGUUGAGGAACUCAUAAAUUCUGAACUAUGAGACUCCAAUUUUUUUCAUGCAUGUAAUGGUAAUAACUUGUAAGAUUCUUGUGGCAAAUAUAAGCUGGCUACGGAACACCUGUUGCUCCUUUUUAGCGAUAUGAUCCAUGUUAUCUUCUGUGGUCAUGGACUCUCUUGCACAUGAGACUUGCUCUUGCACCAACUGGUUUGGCGUUUUUUCCAUAACAGCUUCAGGUGGUAGGCACUGGCACUACUGUGUCCUGAAUCAGGAAACAUCAACAAGACGGCAAGGCUGGUUUUCAGUCGGGAAUUCAGGAUGGCUCAUUGAGGAGCUAAGGAAGAAAUUGAAGGUCUACUUGUAGAUGUGUGGUGUAAUAUAUUCCUGCUGGUGCCGUUGUUUUCUAGGUAUAUUUCACUACGGCAUGCGAUGCUCCGCUUUCUUUGCUUGCAUAUUUUUGUAUCUUUGGUUUUAUUUGGGGGCCAAAUUACUGUGUUUAGCUAUUAAACCAACAGAGGGCAGCUUCGAUAUGGCUGCUGACUCCACCCCCAGAGAACAGCAGGUGUUGCCGGGUGGUCGUGCCGAAUCCAUGGGCACUGCCUUCUUGGCGUUGAGAACUCGUGCAGCAGAGGCCUCUUGCACGUAUCAUCAGUGCCUAUGAGGGCGGGCGUAUUCAUGAAGAAUUUCGCAAUUUAGAAAUUAUUAUCUUGAAAUUUCAGAAAUCCAGAGAAGUGGUUAUUAGUC